GGGUUACACCUAUGAUAAUCACCUGCGUUCACCUUCAUUUUCUUCGAGAGUUUCCUUAUGGGUGUACGACACGGUUUUAAUCUUGAAUCCCUAUCGAUGGGCCCUUUUAAUAUAUCAUUUGUUCUCUAAAGAGACGCAUGUAAUUAAACCGUCAACCGAGUUUAUUAUUCCCUUGCCGAAAUUCGCUUCGUAUCCGGGAGAAAGCGUUUCAUACAAAGAAAUCAUGUGGAAACCCGAAUCCAAUCAAUUUACAAAAUUUUGGGACAGCAAAUUCUAUGAAGAUUGGAAUGGGGAGGUUCUGGUGGAUUUCAAGUGGAGGACCUUUGGGAAAGAUUAUUACUUUUUUAUUUGGACUGUUUACACCAUUUUUUUAUUGACGUUCACUCUGGUGGCCACUGAACCUUCCAAUAUUGACUUUUCGGAAUUUCUGCUAUGGGUUUCAAUCUUAUUAGGUUCAUUCCAAUUGUCAAUUGAA